GCAUUUCCGCAGUCAGCUGACAGGAAGGCUUGUUGCGUUAUGAAGUACGUCCUUAGAAAACAAAACCAAUCUGGAUUGACAGACCAUACUUCAAAGAAAAUCAGAAAUUGGCACUGGCCAGUUAGUUGCGCCGUCCUCCUUUGACUGCCGUCAGUGAAGAGUUCAUCAUGGCAACCGCUGCGGGACCUGACGUAGAAAAGCCGAGGCCGGGCCCCAGUGACCGUCUGAUCGCUCUAUUCAGGACCUGCUCCAGAGAUCCCACACAGGGAAUAGAAAUUAGACUGAAAGACAUGCUGCAAGAGUUUCUGCAGCACUGCAAGGAUGAUAAACAUGACAACGCAAAAAGAGAGCUGGAGGAAAAGUGCUUCUCAGAUGCCACAGUACAGUACUACACCAUCUUAGAAAAUCUUACUGCCUUUCAGGGGAGCUUGAAGUCUGGUGUCAGUGUCAUCUCUGACGUCUUGGAGGAUGACUUUUGGCAGCGCUGCCUGGUGGCCUGUUGCUUGCAGAUCGCCCUGAAAUCAACCUUUCGAGUCAGUGACGUCACUUUGCUCCUCAAAGUUUUCAAACUGGAUUCCUACCUUUUCUUAGAGGUACAUAACCAGUUCCUAUUAAGAUUCAGGAAGAGAAAAUGCAUGGACUUGAUCAGAUUCUUUAAGCCAAUUGGGACAAAGGUUUUAGAGAGCGCCGUUUGGGCCAGCCACUCUCGCCUGUGGGAGAAAAUCAAAGACAAUGAAGGAUUUCCACCUUUCAAAGACCAGUACCACACACAGCUGACGUCCCCAACAAAUGUCGAAGGUCAGCCGGAAUCGAACCCACAAGAAGCAGAUGUAAUAUUGGAAGCAGAGUCGUCCACGACCUCAGACCACCAGCGUUGCUCCUCAGCAGUAAGCAGACCCAAGGGGCAACCGUUCCUUCACCAGUUUGCCAGGAUGGUUUACAGUGAGAUGGGAGAACGUCUGAGGGAAAUGUGUUUCAAACUACAAGUGUCUGAUGAGUUGGGGUCAAAGAUGUGGACCUGUUUGGAGAAUUCGCUGGCCAGGCACUCUUCCCUCAUGAAAGACCGCCACCUGGACCACCUGCUCAUUAGCGCCAUCUACAUCAUCGCAAAGGCUACCAAGAACAAGCUAACGUUUGAGGAGAUAGUAAAGAGCUACAAGACUGAGCCAUAUUCCAAUGAAAGUGUUUCCAAAGAGAUGCUGAACUCAGAGUCACCUUUGGAAAAUCUUCCCAAAGAGAUGAUGGAUCUUGGAACCCAUAGAGCUGCUUUUCCGACACCAGAAGAAAACUCAGCGGAGGACAAGAGAGGCAGCCUCAUCAAUUUCUACCACCUCUACAGCUUGAAACUGCAGCCGUUUGCUGAGAAGUUUGCCCAAACCUAUGGGGGAGAGACUCCUCCCAUAUCUCCAAUGCCGCCACCGCUGUCGAGAGAAAGUUAUCACCCAACAAAGGGUGUUAACUUCACCGUCUCACCGUUAAACAGACAAGAUGUCCCUCGACAUGCUUCCAAACGCACCUAUAACAUUGGCAAAAGCCCCAGAGAGGACCUGCGUAAGAUCUCCAACAUUGUAACCAGCAAACGUGCGCUGUCGUUUAAAACUGAGGAAGAAGAUGGGCCUUCAUCCAAGCAAAGUUGCUUGGAAAAUCCGUCAGUUCUGCAGAGUCGGCUGAUAAAUGUGCAAAAAGAUCGGUCAGUGGCACAGAACCAGAACAACCAGAACCACUCUGACAGUACAACCUGUAAAACGCAAUAAGUGAAAUUUACUUAAAAAUGCAUGCAAACCCCUUGCCUCAAAAAAUAAACAAGUUUCCAAAACUUAAAAAUGUCAGUAUGUGCAAGUUGUACAUCUUAAGUUUACACAACUCAACUAAUUUGAUUGUUUUGAGUGAAUUGUAUUGACAUAAAUGUACACAUAACUCAUUGUAAAACCCUAUUAAUUAUUUUUAUUUGAAAAUAUGUGCAAAAGUAACUGAUUAACAUUAACUUGUGCAAUUUUAGUGAGUGUAACUUAAGUUAACUAUAAAUCUAUGCUGUGAUUAUUUAAAAGAUACAUUUUUUGAAGUCGAAACUCCUCAUAGAAAAGAAAACUACUAAGUUGAAGCAGUUCCUGCUUUACAUCUGUUAUUGUGAACUUACAUUUGAUUAAAAAAAGAUGAGACCAACAAACCGACUGGUAGAAUAUUUCAAUUUGAACCCAUGCAUAUUUUUAUAAAUCUUUUUUCAGAAAAAUAUGCUUUCUAACCCAAAUGCAUAAAAGCUAUUUCACUAAGCAAUAUGUUGCAAUUGUAACAUAAAGGAAUUUGAACUUUUUGUACUUAGAGCUUGUAGAAGUUAGCCAGGGUCAGAUAUUUUCUUUUGAAAGUUUUUACUACUUCUAUGAUAUUUUCAAUAUUAGUAACUUUUAAGUGUUUAAUUUAUUUUAUAUAUUCAGCAAGUGAACACUUUCUCCUCAAAGCUGAUGUGUUCACACAGGGGGGGGAGUGGGUGCUGGGUUUAAAGCUUUAGUGGGACGUCUCCAGUCUGCAGUAUUCCAAGGAAGGAACAGUUCUUACUGGGGCAUGUCCCUGCCGUCUUCUUUUAGCAGGAUGAUACAUCCUACAACAAAACAAAAAUUGUUAAAGAACUCCCCAGAUUUCCAUCUAGUUCAUGCAUGAGGAAUGUUGCCCAUUUAUCUCUAUUGUAUCAGUAUUUUGCAUUAUGUCAUAACUGACUAACAAUCUGAAGCGUUAUCUUUACAGCACUCUAUUUUUAACUUUCGUACUUGUGCCUUUGUUCUGAUCUGAAUGUAAUUUGUUUUAUUACCAUUUGCUUUGUGUUCACUCCACUGUUUAUUCACAUGCAAUACAAGU